AUGGAUCGGAAAUUUCUCUUCGUCGACGGCAUCCAGACCGGUAAGACUGCGAGGCAACGAAUAAGACGCCAUGUGAUGAAUGGCAAGAAUGCGGGCAAGAAAGUCCACCGACGCUCAAGGCUAGACCUAUUACGCCCAACACCUUACUAUCAGAAGCAAAGUACUUCUCAACAAUGCGAGACUGAAAUUGUUGACAAGGAAAUUACUGUUACCAGCAAGGAACAAAGCCUUGCCUGUCCCUUAAUGAAUCAUCGAAGUCUUGGAAAUUCAUUCCGCACAUUGUCAUAUCCUGUGGAGACUACUUCGUACACAAUAGCUGUGUUCAAUCAAUUUUUCUCCCAUGUGGUAAACAGGUUCUACCCCUGUCGCCUCGGGAUCUCACCGGACGAUGCGAAGUAUUGGUGGCUUCGAUUUGUCCUUUCGGACAAGGCUGCAUAUCAUGUUAUUAUUGCUGUCGCAGAAGCGUGCAAUCACUACUUAAGCGGCGGGGGUGAAAGCACUUCACAGGCCCUAUAUCAUCGAUCACGGACAUUAGCCUUGGUUGCCCAGAGGUUAGCAGGCAAAGAUGCUCUAUCUGACUCGACUUUGGGUGUGAUAGUCAUGAUGAUAGUGCAGGAGCAAAUGAGAAAGGUGGUAUUUGAAGCCCACAUCCAUUACGAAGGAUUGAGGAGAAUGAUCGAGGCGCGUGGUGGACUCGACCAGUUAGAGCAAAGUCCGACCUUAUUGUUGAAGAUUUGCAAGAUGGACAAUUUAUACGCCUGGCAGUACGGACGGCCAAUGGCAUUCUUUCGAGACCGCAUGCCUCAGGCUCGAGCAAUGCUAGAAGCUGAAGGGUUCUCUUUCGAUAGAACCAAGGCAGAACCAGCCAUACACCACUAUGAUUUGAAUCCUUAUCUUCACGAAAUACUGCUUGAUGUCACAAAUGUCUCUAUUCUGUUCAAUGAGAUCCCGCCAAACACAAGACUAAAUUACCUUACAUUCGCGGAAGUAGUGCACUCUAUCUGCUACCGCUUACAUCGAUUUCAACCCCUGCACGAAACAUCGUCGCUUUCCAAUCUAGAGAAAGUGUAUCAUAUAGGAUUGACGCUUUUUAUGAUAACAUUAUUCAUGCAGUUUGACCAGCAUAGAUUAUUGAAGUGCGACGCGGUUUUUUCACGGCUCCGAAGCAUUUUAUAUCGCGACCUAGAUGAGAUUGACAAUAAUUUGGCACUUUGGAUAUUAUUUAUUGGUGGUAUCUGGAUUACCGAUGGCCCUGACGACUCGUGGCUUCAUUGGAUGAUAAAAAAGAUGACUAUAUCGAUGGAUAUUGAUACUUGGCCGGAAAUCUGCUCUGUGAUCAGUGCCUUUCCAUGGAUUCAUAACUUGCAUGAUAAGCCUGGUAUCACCCUUUGGGAGUCUGUUUGUGAAGGUUGUCGGGUUUGGUAA